AUGCGGACCUGGGUGUUGAUUGCAGCGUUGGCUGCAGCGUUGGCUGCAGUCUGCCUGGCUCUUGAGCAAGAUCUCAGCCACGCUGAGAGAGCUCGCACAAUUUUGAAGACGUGGAAUCCACGAGCCAAUAGAAAGUUCUUCCAGCCAGUACAGGAGCAGAGAUUCCAACCACUCGUGAACAGCGAUGUCUUUGUGAGUUUCGAGCUAGAGCUACAGUAACCUCUAAGUAAGAAAUGUUUCAGUCAGAUUCCCAUCGUAUUUCGAAAAGGUCCGUUGCCCAACCACACGUUCUUGCCGGCAUGGCUACCAGAGGAUGCAAUAAACCAGGAUACACUGGAGAAACGUGCACGACUCGUGAGUGAUUGUCCUGUGUCUCAAACCGUUUUAGUUGUUUCCUUUCAGCCCUGUGUUCUGCUCGCAACCCGUACGUUCCGAACAACGCAGCGACGGACGAUAUUGCCAUCGACGCUAGUAACCUGGCUAAUUGUUCCGAGACCUACAUCAUUGUGGUGGACGAAACCAUGUACGACAUCAAGAUUGAGCUGGAGACGGAUUCCCCGUUGAACCCGACCUUCUAUCUUCAGUCCGAGAGUGGAGACCUUAUGUUCCCAGAUUCGGACAGUCAGCGUCCUUCCGUUUACACCGCCACCUACCAGUUAUUGCCGCCAGGACAGUACUUGCUCGGUCCACGUGCUGAUACCGCAGACGAGUUUUGCACAAUGAUGAUGACUGCUCGUACCAACAUCCAACUCACCGGAGGUUUUACUUCUGGAGAUCAGGCCGAGCGAAACGAUUAUCCAACUCUCAAGUACGCCUACUUCGACACCCAAUCCGUUGUCGCCCUCCAUCUGCAAGGACUCGAGUUCCCGGGACAAAUUCAGGCUGUCGGAUUCACCGGAGCUGAGAACCACGUCUCCAGAUACAUCAAUAUUGACGUCCGUUACAACUGCACCUACCCAUACAUUCUGGAGAGAUACACUUGCGCUCGCACAAGCAACAAUGACGUUGGACACAACUUCUUGCAGGUACGAACGAGAUCGUAAUUUACGCAGUAGAGUAUAAUAAAAACAAACAGGUCGAAGGAAUUUCGUACUUUGGAUACAAGUUCCGCCGUAUCUUGUCCUAUCAGUGUAUAUGUGAGUUGAAAAGGAUAUAUUUUCCUUGAAUGUUUCCGUCUUCAGUGCCACCGGCAACUACCACCACCACUCUCGCCCCAACUCCAUCACCAAAUCCGCUCACAGCUUGCGCAAACGGAGGACAACUUCUGAACGACACCAACGGAAACGCGUACUGUUAUUGCUUCGGAUUGUACACUGGAAAUGACUGCUCUCAGAUGAUCUGCGCUAAUGGAGGUAUUAACUCAUCGUCGAAGGUGUAAUCAAAAGAGUACGUUCAGGAUAUUUGAAGGACCCAACCAGCGAGCGUUGUGAGUGCCCAGAAGGAUUCACCGGAUUCCACUGCCAGAACAGUGAGUCCAACAGUUUGAGUCAAGAGUGAAAUGUCCAUUUCAGUUGUCUGUACUGAUACUUCUGGUUUCGACUUUGACGCUGAGCACCCAACCCUCACCCUCGUCAUCCGCUCCAGAUCAGAACUUUCGACUGUUAUCGAGCAGGCCACUGAAUCCGUGCAACAGAUCGUCGACCUUCUCACCACUGAGCCCGACUAUUUGACGAGUUUCAUCGUCGUCCUUUUUGAUAACAACCGUGAGUGUGCCAGCAAAUAUGAAAGCGGGUUACACCCACUUUAAUUUGAUUUCCUUAUCAAAAUGCAUGCCGAAAAAAUAUGUAAUGGGCUUGGUUUGCAGAGCUCUUGAGCAGCAAACGAUACACCUCAUGGGAUGCGGCUAUGGUCGAUCUUACCAAGGCGAUUCACUCGGCCCCGGCCGAUGGAGGUUGCAAUGACUCUGUGUUCUCAGCUCUUUCGUGAGUAAUUGUGGAGAAUUAGUUGGAAAAAAAGAAACGCUGGAAAAAGACAAUUAUCACCACCAAAUGAUUUCAGCGCCGCACUCUCCCUCUACCCGAACAACAAGUCCCCAAUCUACGUGAUCACUGACGCUAUUCCAAAUGACAGCGCUGAGAAGGAGACCGUAUUCCACUUAGAGUCCUACUGGAGAGCUCCGGUAGAGACCAGAUAGACUGAUUGUUGAAAUCAGUUUCAUUUUUUACAGAUCUACUUCAUCUACGUGACCCCACCACCAGCAGACUCCUGCAACUCAUCACCAGACAGCGCUGGAUAUAGAGACAUGGUUGACAUUGCCACCCGCACUGGCGGACACACUUUCUAUUUCACUGAUAGAACCACCGUCUCUACCGUAUGUUUAGAAGUUGUACUGAUUGAGAGAUGACCCUUCUUACUUUCAGUUCUUCUACCAGCACAUGCUGAACACCCUGUUCCGCUCGCAAGUGCUUCUCUCCGGAGAUUACACUCACUGUGGAAACCAGAACACUUACAAAUCGAUUGCUGUUGAUCAGGACACUGACAUGCUUGUGGUCACUGCCACCGGAACCAAUUUGACUCUUCUCGUCACUGAUCCAUUUACCAACCGCCCGUCUUUCGACACUGCCUUCUCGGACGGAGUCAACUAUGUCUGGACCAAGACUGGAGUUGUUUCCGGACAAUGGUUUUUCACUCUGAUCCCAUCUCAAACCAACGACGCCUGCACCUUCAAGGUCUACCAGAAGAAGUUCAACUUCGGAGGAGUCAGCCAGUUCAGCCCAGACUACGACAUCUUCUGGUCGUUUGCCACUUCGCUCACCGCCGCUGGGUCUUUCCGUCAGCCGGUUCUUGGUUUUGAUGCCGCUCCAGUGUUCCACGUCACCAACUACCCACAAUUCAUUUCCAUGGACCGUGUUCACGCCAACCUCCAGAUCUACGCGAUUCGUGAUGGACAGCAAAUCGAAGUGUACGGAUCCAGUGGAAUGUGGAGAGAUGCUUGCGAAUUCAACUUCUACUUCCCACCAUUCACUUGCCGUGUUCCAGACGAGACCCUUUACUUCAACUUCUUUGCCCGCGACCGUUUCGACAUGUCUCUUCAGCGAGCGGGAACCAUGUACUGCGCCCAGGUGCAUCCAACUCCUCCACCAGAUCACCAGUGCCAGAACGGAGGAGUCAUGAACCCGUCGAACACCACUUGCUUCUGUACCCCAGAAUUCACUGGAACAUACUGUCAGAACAUUGUUUGCUACAACGGAGGAACUGCCAACGGAGAUCACUGCGUGUGCCCACCAGGAUACGCCGGAGAGAGUUGCGAGCUCGCCAGAUGUAUUGAGACCGGACCGGACCCAGAGUUUAUUCGAUACGGAGUCGACAUGGUGUUCGCUGUUGAGAUCACCCAACAGUCCAUUGCCUCCGUUGCGAUGCUCAACGCCAACUUCCAAGAAAUCAUCCGUGAUGUGCUCAUGCAGGACCGUGGAUGGAUCCGAAACUUUGUGCUUGUCGGAUACAACUCCACCUGGGGAGGACCGCUUGCUGAGUCUCCAGCCGAGAAUCUUACCGACAUCAUCAGCGCCAUGUCUACUAUCGCUUCCUCUGUCCCAUCCGACACUGGAUGCACCGUCAAGCUCUGGGAUGCUCUCAACCACGCAAUCUUCGCCAGAGAUCUUGCUCCAGGGUCUUUCGUUGAAAUCUUCCAGACUACUCCGGAAGACGACACUGACACCCGUUCUCUUGGACUUUUCUACGAUAUGUCUCGCAGCAUGGACCUCGUUCUUUACGGAUACCUUACCUCGAAUCCACGUCUCACUCCAGCAGGAUUCGUCUGCAACGCUACUGUUGAGAACUACUACACACUUCUUGGAAUUGUCAGUGGAUCUACUGGAACCACGUACAACCUUCAAGCGGCUGAGAUCUCCAACGCUGUCAGACUCAUUCCACUGCAGUUCUCUAACGGACAAGUCACCUUCAACUAUGCCGAUGACUGCCGACAUGACGAUGGACUGGUCACUUACUUCCCGGUUGACGCCUACACUCAGACAAUCCAAAUCGACACUUUCGGUUAUGGAACUACUCUCCAAAUCUUCACUGGAGACGGAGUUCUUGCCGAGGCCCUUGAACUCUUUUAUGACGAUUUCACUGGACAGAGUGUCUAUGAGGUCCGAAAGGCUUGCGAUGACGGGUGGGAGCCAUACGGCCAAUACUGUGUCAAGUUCCUUGCCAGCACUGAUGAGGUCUUGCCAAUGCCGCAAGCCAAGAACUUCUGCGCCACCGCUGGAGGCUUCCUUGCUGAUGAUCUCAGUGAUGAUAAGAACAACUUCCUCUAUGCCGCUGCUGCCAAGACUCAGUUCUGGAUUGGACUCUACAACGAUGGAACCCAAUGGGUUUGGGACAGAGGACAAGGUGCUCAACCAACUCCACUUAACCAGGCACAGAACUUCUGGGGCGACAACCAGCCAAGCACUGACGCCGUCAACCAAUGCGUGUACUUCGAUGGAAGAUCGGGUGAUGCCUCCAAGGUCUGGACUACCGACUCGUGCUCCACUCCAAGAGCAUUCAUCUGUCAAAAGCAUAGAUAUGAUGCCGAUCACAGACCAAACACCAUUGGAGACGACGACCUCCCUGCUGGUUAUUGGUACGCCAAGCUAAAGUCUAAUCCAGCUACUGGCAGCGUACCAAUGUGUACUCUGAGCGUUCGUGUCCAAUCCAGCCUUCAAAUUGUAACCGGAUUCGUCACCGAAAUAGGAAGUGACUUCCCCCAACCGGAUCCAAUUCAAGACUCGCCAUCCAACCGUCUUAUCACCUAUGUCCACUCGGUCGAUAACGAGAACCGCUCCCCAAUUCUCACUGACGCCAUUCUCUGGGAUGCUUACAACGGUACUUUCUACAACGGACUCAAGUAUCAGAACAGAUUCGCCUGCCAAUACGGAUUUGUGUCUCAAGACUUCCCGUGCCCGAACGGAGACAACCAGGCCAACGAGUUUGGAGUUCUUCACAUUGGAGAGGACGAAUUCGGAAACACCUUCCACCGUUUGACUUUUGGUCACUGCUCCAAGGCGACGAUUACUUGCGGAAAUGGAGGAAUCAGACAGAACGGCCAAUGCGUAUGUACUGAAUACUGGACCGGAUCCCGUUGCACAGUUCCAAUUUGCGUUAACGGAGGAACCAGAAACGCUGAUGAGGCUACUUGCUCUUGCCCAGACGGAUACGCAGGGCAGAACUGCCAAUUCGGUUAGAGAUGAGACGAAUAAGAUGGUCUUUAUAACAUUUUCAUUUCAGAAAUUUGUCAGCCAAACAUCCCCCAACUUUUCAGUAACGAUAGAAAGACGUUCUUGUUGGUUGUUGAAACCACGAGACAGAACAUUGAUACUGUUAGCCAGCUCAUUGUCAACCUUAAGGCCAUCCUUGCCUCUGCCACCAGCUUCAACCCGCUCUGGUUCGCCAACUACGGACUCGUCACUUUUGACAGUGAGUUUUCAAAAGCAAUAAAAUAGCUUACACUUAUUUUUUUUCAGCCACUGGAAAAACAUUCGAAAAGGUCAACUACACUUCCGUUGAUGAUCUCAUUACCGACCUGACCACUCAGUCCAAUAACAUCAAUACCGACGGUGCUUGCAGCAUGCCAUACCUUGGGUAAUCACCUUCAGUUUCCAACAAUCUUAUUGUUUCUUUCUGGGUUUUAGCGUUCUCGCGCGUCUUCUGGAGCAGGAUGAUAUUAUUGCUAUUCCAAACAGUGAGAUCUUCUUGGUUACCGCCGCCGGACCAAGUGAUCUUGGAAGCUACAUUGAGACAAUGAACACCCUCUUCAACACCGAAGCUCACGUCAGUUGGGAAUGCAAUCUUCAUAAUACCAUUUCAUUCAAUUUUAGCUUCACUACGUCGUUUCGAAGAGCGCAAACUGCCCAACUUUCGACGCAGUGAACAACGUGAGAGACAUGACUUGGCUCGGAUACGGAUCCAGCGGAAACAUCCUCUUCACCGACUCCGCUAACAUUGUCACUGUAAGAAAUAAGAAUACAUACCAAAGAAUAGUUGUUCACGUUUUAUUUCAGCUUCUCAACAACUAUUUGCCAUCGCUCUACGGAGCUUCCGUUCUGCAAGACCCGACCGGAAUCGCCAACUACACGUGCACCGACGGAUCUCUUCCAUGGUUCGUCCCCGUCGACAUCAACACCACUUACAUAUACGUCACCACCUCUUCUGAGUUUGGAACCCUGUCCGUCAAGGACCCGCUCGGAUGUAAGGAAAAAGUAAUCUGCAAACGUCUCAUGAAAAGUUUAUAGCCGGACACCAAGCCAACGUGCUCUACAAUGUGAACGACCAGAAGAUCUAUCAGAUUGAGGUCGACAGACUCGGAGGAAUCUGGAGUCUUCAGCUCACCAGUCCCCCCGGCCUCUGCUUGGCACACGUAUAUUCCACCGGAGGAGCUAAAGUCUACACAAAGUUCUCUCUGCCGAACCCAGUCGGAGGAAAGCUCGACCCGCUUGGAGCUCACCAGGACGGAAGAACUGUCAUGCCUGUGCCAGGAUUCGACAACGUCGCCGUGUUCCAUCUUGCUGGAUCUCCAUUCCACAGCGGACAGCUUCAAUACGUUGAGAUCUUCGAUGCCGACACUGUCACCGUAAGUGUUUAACAUGUAAGUGACUAAAUCGGUAUGGAAGCUGAAAUUGCAGAACAUUCUCCGAUCCGAGCUGUACAGACGUGAGGGCUGCUCUUACGAGUACUACUCCGAUCUGUUCACUUGCAACUCUGAUAUGAUUGUCGUCUUUGUGCACGGAGUUGAUGAGGCCAACCAGAAGUUCAGAAGACAAGAAGUGGUUAUUUGCAAUGGUAAGGGCCAAAUCUACCUUCAAACACAGAACAUUUUUUUCAGGACGUUCCCCAGCGACGCUGCAGCCAGUUACCGGAUCAACAGUUACUCUAGCGCCAGUGACUCAAGGCCCCGUGACUCAAACUACCCAAGGACCCGUGACCCAGGCCACACAAACUACUCAAGUAACUCAGACCGCUUCUGUGACCCAAACCCCAGCCGUUACUCAGACCCCGGCCCCUGGACAGUCCACGAUCACCACCCCAUCCCUCCCUGUGACCACCCCUCGAACUUUCGUCAACCUGCAAUUCGACGUCGUUUUCUUAAUCGAUGGAUCCCAAAAUGCUCAAAGUGGAUUUGAUUCGGUAAGCCAAUAUUGUCAAAAGAAGUUAGUCAAUUUUAAUGUUUAGUUCACCAAGUUCGUUCAAACAUUGAUGGUUUCUUUCAACGUCGGAAUCUCCGGAGCCCGUGUUGGAUUGAUUGUCGUCGCUCCAGAUCUUGAAGACCAAGCCCCACCAGCUGCCCAACUCAACUCUAUAACUUCGCAAUCCACUUUGAUUUCCAACUUGGCUCUCCUUAAAGACAACUACGCCGACUUCGACCAUGACGGACAAGUUCUGACCUACAACCUGCAAGUUGUCACUUCCACUGACUACAUGUCUGCCGGAUACCGUAGCGAGAUCAACAACCAUCUUUUGGUUUACAUCACCACCACUACUUCGUAUGUAUUCAUUCCACGAAAAAUUAUAGCGUCAACUUUAUUUCAGCUUCUACACUGACCCGACUCCAUCUGCCCAGACUAUCUUGGCCCAGAAACAAUACGGAAUCGUCACUGUUGGAUACGGAAACUCGUUCGACAGCAACAAAUUGCAGACGAUCUCUGGAGGAAGCGCGUGCUCGUUCACGGCCACUGACUUCACCACAUUGAACAACGUGAUCAAGCCAAUCCAACAGCUCAUCUGGAACGCCGAGUAAGACCGUCUAGAAAAUGUUUCAGCUUUUGAAAUAAUAUUUUCAGCACCAACGGAGGAGUAUACUGCACCAACUAA